UCGGUCUACAGCCUGUCUUUCAGAGCCAACCUUGACAUCACAUCAUCACCUCGACAGCCCAUCUUCGUCAACUCACAGGAGCUCUAUCUGUCAUCGUUUGUUGUUGAAUCGGUCGUAUCGACCUAGUUACCGUUCUGUUUCCCAAUCAACUUCUGGGACCUUGGUGCUCCCGUCCCCUUCCCUCCAGCUUGGUGCCGCGGUUGCUGUUCGUCAUCUGAGCUCGAAGCUGAAAAAAGAUGCCGGCCGAGAGGCGCUCGCUGAGAUCAAAUAAUAAGUCGGAGUCUCCUUCAUCUGCAAACGGCGAGAGGAAGACACGUUCCAACUCGCAGAACUCCAGCUCCAACAAGGAUAAGUCUGCUCCCCCUCGCGCCACUGCUGGCAAGGCCAAAUCCGCGUCUACCAAAAAGGCGGCCUCUGCGAAGGUUGCUUCGAACUCCGACAUGAGUGACAAGUCACAGACAAACGGUUCGGCGCCACUGGAAAAUGGCAUAGAACGCAGCGACGAUGUUGAGAUGGUAGAUGACACGGCAGUUCCUCCUACCAAGGGAUCGAAAUUACCCGGACAGGGUCGUGAGGAGGCAGAAGGUGAUGUCGCGAUGGAGGGUGUUGAGGGUGAGACAGCUGAACCAGAGGUUAACCCCCAGGUCAAGGCCACACAAGAUAUAAAGGCCAACUUCCUGCUGCUCGAGCGAGCUGUGUCACACUUCGACCCCCGGUUCACCCUCCGUGUUCUGCGGUCUAUAUCUUCAAUGCGUAAACAUCUCACAGCAGAUGUGCUGGCAGAAGUGAUUAUUGAGACAUAUCCGCCCUCAAGCCUCACGGCGUCUUUCCUCCUUGAUGCAGUAGAUCGAAAGGAAGCUUUUGAGAGCGUUGUGGCCAGUUCGAAGAUGGCUAUCGAUUCGGAGAAGAGCAAACCAUCCCCGAAAGAAGUGCUUCCCGAGGUGGACACAUACUUGUCUAUUCUAGUCCAGAUCCAUCUCUACGAAAAGAAAGAUUUCCAACGCGGUGCCAAAUUCUCAACGGGCUUGGUCGAGCGUUUGCGGACUCUCAACCGUCGCACUCUUGACUCCCUGGCUGCUCGCGUCUACUUCUAUUACUCUCUCUUCUUCGAGCAACUCGCCCCGCUUCCACCUUCUCCCGCUGCGACAGUCAUCUCAAUUCGCCAGCCUUUGCUGGCGGCCCUCAGAACAGCAGUCCUCCGGAAAGAUGUGGAUACGCAAGCCACCGUCAUGACGCUUCUGCUGCGCAAUUACCUAUCAACUUCCCAUAUCUCCCAGGCAGACUUGCUCAUAUCUCACAACAGAUUUCCUUCUUCUGCCUCUAACAAUCAAAUUGCGCGCUACCUCUACUACCUGGGUCGGAUCCGUGCCAUCCAGCUGCAGUACACUGACGCUCAUGGGCAUUUGAUUGGAGCUACUCGGAAGUCACCCUCCAGCAGCAGUGCACGUGGCUUCUACCAAGCCUCUCAUAAACUGCUUACAGUAGUUGAACUCCUGAUGGGUGAUAUCCCUGACCGGUCCAUCUUCCGGCAGCCUGCUCUGGAACGGGCGUUGCACCCGUACUUUUUGCUCACCCGCGCUGUGAGCGUAGGUGACCUGGAUGGGUUCCUGAAUACCGUGAAUACGCAUAGUGCAACGUUCAGGAAAGACGGGACGUACACCCUCAUUCUGCGUUUGAGACAGAAUGUUAUCAAGACGGGCAUCCGGAUGAUGUCACUGUCUUAUUCCCGCAUUUCUCUGCGGGACAUCUGUCUCCGUCUGGGGUUGGAUAGCGAGGAGUCAGCCGAGUACAUUGUUGCCAAGGCAAUCCGAGACGGGGUCAUCGAAGCUACUUUGGAUCACGAGCGAGGAUUCAUGAAGAGCAAAGACGUUGGAGACGUCUACGCUACUCGGGAACCUGGCGAGGCCUUCCAUGAUCGUAUUACCGCAUGUUUGAGUCUUCACGAUGAGAGUGUCAAGGCUAUGAGGUUUCCGAUGAACCAGCAUCGUCUUGAGCUGAAGAGCGCGCAGGAGGCUCGCGAGCGAGAGCGGGAGCUAGUUAAGGAGAUCCAGGAAGGUGAUAUGGAUGAUGAGGAUGCUGGCGGAGAUUUCGAUGCUAUCUAGGGGAUAUAGAAGGCUAUAGUUGUGCAGCGCCGAUUUUGCCCGUGGCAUUCUCGGCCCUUGCAUUGCCCGCAAUCCGACUCUUGAGUAUGUACGAGGAGAAAUACGCAGGAUGUUUCCAUAUAAAGGUCGUACGGUUAUCAUUGGGUUUAACCAGACAGUGUUGCAUACGCUGUCUGCCAGUAUUUUCUCUUUUUCUAUCUUUUUUUUUUCUUUUCCUCUUUUGGCGGCAUGCAACCUUUGUUUUAAUAUUUAACACACAACAACUCCUAAAUAAGAAUUUUAUGUGUGAAUUGCAAGCAUGGUCA